AUGGAUGGUGAAGACACAGGAAACAUGGGGGUCGAUAACGCCCUCCACCUGUUGCAAAAUUGCUUCUCUUCUGAGGUCAUAUGUGGAUUCCCAAUCUCGCUCAGGACUCCACCUGGACACCAUGCACAGUUCCCACUUGCAACAAAUCCUAUCCCAAACUGCUCCAACCCCAUUUUCACUCAUCAAUUUUACACGACAAACAUUAAUUCAGAUUCCUUUGACCUCUCCCCUUCAGCUUCAGCAACUCCGUGA